GAUGACCAUUGAACUUAUCGAAAACAAUGACUUUCUUGAGUCUGUACUGUUUGGAAACAUCGUUGAAGAGCUACUUUCAGUUUCUGCCAGCAAAUUGGUUGACAUGGACAAGAAGAAUGAGUCUAUUGAUAUGCAAAACGUUAAAGAGAAGUUGGAUAACAAAACUUUCAAAGUGGAACUCCUUUGCAAAAAGCAAAAUUUUAGAGGAACUGAGCAAGUCAGGUACUCAAUUAUAUCUCUGCAAGAGCAAAAGAAAAUUGCACACGCUAAAAGGGUUAAGAGAAAACUGAUCUAUGACGACACAGAUGAUAACACUUCAGAUGAGCAUAUUCCAAAGCUUUUGGAGAUUUUGACAAUGAAGUUACCGAUAAAAAAAUCAAAAUUGGUCAAGCUUGGAUAA